UCCCAAAAACACUCAAAACACGCCUUUCCGAGUUUCUGGGGUUACAGUUACACUAAACACUCAGGCCUCACCCCUCAUUCACUCCUCUCCGUCCUCUCCUCUGCGCCGUUCCCAACCUCACCCUCACUCACUCCUCUUUGCGACGCCGCUGUCACCACUGUUCGUCGCACCUCCUUGGCCGAGACCCUGCGUUCUCAUUUAAUCUAACUUCACGUUAAAGGGGCAUCUUCGAAGUCACUGCUGCCUGCCGUAUCCUCGCCGUCGCUUCUGCCUGCUGCACCCUCGCCGUCGCUGCUGCCUGCUGCACCCUCACCGUCGGGGAUUCCUUUGCCCUUUUUUUGAGCCUCUGCUUGUUAAUUUAGAAGUUCAAUGGGUCCUAAACAAUGCCAAGUUUGCAACGAAGCACAAUCCAAGUACAAGUGCCCUUCAUGUUAUGUGCCUUAUUGUUCUCUGGCAUGUUUCAAGAAUCACAAAGAAUUUCCAUGUGAGAAGCCGUCUGCUCAAGAGGACAAAACAACUGCUGUUUCAGAAUCACUUGUAGAAAAGCCAUUAAUUGUUGAUGAACCUAUUGUGGUACUGCAAAAACACCAACUGGAUGCUAUAGUGUCUUCCAAUGAGAUCCGUGAUGCUUUGAACAAUAAAGCCCUUCAAGAACUAGUUUGCAGCAUUAAUUGUUCCCCAAAUCCUGAGAACGAACUUGAUAAAGCUAUGGCUGAGGAGGCAUUUCACUUGUUCACAGAUAAGAUUUUAUCAACUAUCAAUCCCUAACUGCAUGUACUAGUUGCUGAAAGAAGAGUGUGUAGCAGAAAGUUAAAUCAAAUUUUGUAUCUUAAUUGAGCCAAUGUAUGGGUGAAAAAAUAUUACUUUGAAUGCAGUUGACAUUUGUGGUAUAAUUCCCAAAUCUUCAUAUCUUGUUGCCUUCUUGUAUCUUUAUUAUAUUUUGUUAAGUUUUAACUGCUCAAUAUAUCAGGAGAUUUCAUGUGUUGAUAAUGACACGGAACCAACUUGGAUGUCCAAUUAUUGAAUUUUGUCAAGACAAAGAGCAGUGGUGUGAUUGAGCAAUAAUGCCAAAAUUAAUCUAAUUUAAGUGAGCUUUUAUUAUAAAUCUUUAGUUACUGUAAGUUAUCAACUUUCGAAUGAUUGGACAAUAAACACUACUUACAAACCAAAUUGGGUUGGUCUACUGAUUAACUCCCUAAUCCGCUUAAGCAAGUGUUGGGGGUUCGAAUCAUGUCUUGUGCAUGUAGCAACUUAUUAGCCAGCGGCAAAUCUUUAAAUGGAAUUCAGUACCGCGGCGAAUUAGUCUUUGACAUGUUGAGUUGGAGAUACAGUGGAAAACCAAAAAUAAACACUACUUGCACAAGAUCUACUUACACAAGAUUGAUUUGACAUUCUGUUGUGAAGUUACUUUAUAUAACCCAAUCCUAGUCUGAUGUCUCAGAUAUAGAACUCUAGCUGUGGAGGCCUGGGUAACAUGGAUGACAAUGUUGGAAAGUUUAUUAUAAUAUAAACUUUUAUUGUGGCUUAGUUUUAGUUAUUUAUAAUUAUUA